CUUCUGGUUUCAAAAUGGCUGGGCUUUGCAAGACUCUUACCUCGGUUCUCUUCGAAUACGACACGUCUAAAGUGGUUCACAUUCAAAGUAAGACAAUUGGAAUCAUCAACAGACUUAUUCAACUCAGUAUAAUAUGUUACGUCAUCAUGUAAGUGGCUGGUGAGAUUUUUCUACAAUUAUACCUCGAGGUACCAAUACACACUUGAAGUAAAGACAUGUAGAAGUUUAAUCGUUUUUCUACCCCUGUAAUUUUGCACCUAUUUGUUCUUGUACUCAGCUGUUCUCUUAUCAAGAUUAACAGUGCUUAGUAUUGGUCUGGGGUAUAAUUAACUGUACACGAUUAUUCAUUUUCAUAAAUGGUUAUUUUAUUGAACCUUUCGCGUAAAUUUUGGUUCGCAUGUUAGCUAGAGGAAAACUGGAAACUAAUGGAUGAAACUGAUUGCAAGAAAAACUACAACUGUUGCUCUGUCUAAGUCCGUACUGAUCGACGGACUUUACAUGUAGCUUCAUUUUUUAAUCAAAAUGGAAUCUGUUUAACAAACAGUGUUUAAGUGGCUUAAACACAAAGCUAUUGGAGCUGAUUUCUACUGUGUCUUCUGAUCUGCAGAGCAGACAUUUUUCUUACAGCCUCUCAGCUGUUUACGGUGCUGAUCUUUCGUUUUCAUCAAACGAAUUCAUUAGCUUAGUGACCUGCCAAAUGUUGUUGUCCCGCUCUGUCUUGUUUGUUACGCGUGAUCCUUCGAAGCUCUUCGUUGUUUCGAAAUAUGGUAAAAUACUUCUCUAGUAAAUCGAAGUGCCCGUGUAUGCUCAAAUCGUGGUGAUAUAAAUGUUGUGGUUCAAUUUUAUCCUUGGUUCAAAUUUUCUUUUCCUUUGUUUCAAACUCAUUAUCAUACAUUACAAUACCCAAAAAAAAAAGAAAAGAAAAUUUGAACCAAGGAUAAAAUUGAACCACAACAUACAUACACCCACAUACACAUUCAAACUCAUUAUCAUACAUUACAAUACCCAAAAAAAAAAAAAAAAAAAAUUUGAACCAAGGAUAAAAUUGAACCACAACAUACAUACACCCACAUACACAUUCAAACUCAUUAUCAUACAUUACAAUACCCAAAAAAAAAAGAAUAUAAAAUUUGAACCAAGGAUAAAAUUGAGCCACAACAUAAACAAGUGCUAAUAAAUUGCACAGCACACGGUUACAUUUUGCUCUGCAGUUUCUUUUUAACCCUUUGAUUCCUGGGUGCAACAGCCAAUCAAUAUGAGGCCCACUAUGAGCCAAAAAGACCUCUAAUCAAAGCUACAACAAAAUUCUCGAAUGUGAUUGGGUAUAACCAACUCAGUUUGAGGACUGGUAGGACAGUAAAUGCAUCAUGCUUGUAACUGGACAGUGUAAUAGGACAGUUAACACAUCAUGCUUUUAUAAGUAGACACAUCAUGAGGUAGUGUAUUUCACCGAGUUAACUGUUAUUGACCGAGCAUUGACCUUACAAUGUCAAUGCUAGUGAUGAGAACAAAGAAAAAUAGCAAUUGGGGGAUUUUUAGUUGAUCCAUUGUCAAAUUCUCCAAACUAACAUCAUGAGAAUUGCAUGGCAGAAAAUAAGGAGAAUUACUGAUGAGAUCUUGAGAGUGAAAGGGUUAAAACUGUUUUGGUAUAUUAUGUCUUGAAACCAUUUACUUUCAAUGUUUCAGCUAUGUUAUAAUCUAUGAGAAAGGAUACCAAGACACACAGAAACCUUACAGUUCUGUUACUACAAAAGUUAAAGGAGUAUCGUCAACAAACUUGACACCUGAGUUGAAUGAUAGUUUUCCAUUAUACAAUGGAAUUCAUGUGUGGGAUUCAGCAGAUUACAUUGUUCCACCCGAGGUACAAUUUAAUUUGGAUUUUCUUUGUUAUUUUUGUCUUUCGUGGUUUUCUAUUCCUGUUUUAUUUCUCUGAAAUAAUGUUUGUUAUAUAUAACAUCUUUUGUCAGCUCUUGACUCAGAGUUUUUCCCUGAAAUCUCCCAAGAAGUAGCUGUCUAAUUAAACUUCUCAAUACAUUUAUAUCAGCACUACGAUAAACAUACUUUAUUUGGUGAUUUGACAAAGCUUCACUCAGCCAGCCCAGAAAAUGUUGUUUGAAAUUUUAUAAAACUACAGACAUUGGGUGGUUGGGAUACAUGAUAUCUUUGGAGAAUAAGAACCACUCUAGCCCUAAAGCUAGGGCACUGGACUCUGGGCAGUAAGGACUUAGUUUUAGACUUGCCCAGGUCUUCGUGUUGGGUUGUGGGAAAGACACUUAACUCUAAAAGUGCCUCUCUCCACCCAGAAAUAUAAAAGUGUACUGUUGAACUGUGAGGGGAAUCAGACAAAAUGCUGAUGCAUAACUGGUAAUCAACCAGUAUCCCAUCAUGAGGGGAGGGGGGGAACAGUGAUACUCCUGGCCACUUAAUGCUAUAGAAAUCAGGAUGUACUCUGGUUGGAUGGGCCAGUUGGCUCCAGUACAGACUGAACUUUUUUGUUUUAUAUCCUUGAAGCUAGAGGAUAGAAGGCCCAAUUUCUCUUGCCCAACUUUGUAUUAUUUUUGAAUGAUAUAAAGUAAUUGCAGUGUCUUUUGGAAUUCAUUAGUUUGCUAUUCUGUCAUUCUGGCAAGAAGGAAGUACCAGCACAAUGUAAAGCCUGCAGUGAAAACAUGUACUGUACAUGAAAAUGGUCUUCUACUACUCGAUUUUUAUAACCCUAAUCAUUUUAAAUUUGAUCUAUGUGGUUGAAAUUUAUUCUCUCCUUAAAACUUUUCUGUUUGAUUUUUGGCAUCUUUUCACAUCCAUCAUGACAAUCUGAAACAAAAAAAAAUUAAAAGGCAGACUAGUUCGGCAAAUUUUAAACCAAGAACACUUUAAAACCACAACACAAUAAUGUAAAAUUUUCAGUGAGAGACACUGAUCUUAUUUUACAGGAAAACGGUGCUUUCUUUGUGAUGACAAACAUGAUCAUCACUCCAGAUCAGUCACAGGGUGCUUGCCCAGAAGAUCCUGACCUUACAGAUGUGAAAUGUUAUAAUGACAGUGACUGUGAAGCUAUGGAACCCACCCACUAUGGACAUGGUGAGUUUUUUCUAUGCUAUCUCAGAUAGCUGUGUUCUCUGUUAUUUUCCAUGUAUGUUUUUUUUCUAAAUAUGAACACUACAGAAAAUUACAGUAAUUAACUUACUGUCAGAAGAAUGGGCAUGUCCACACAGUGAUUAUUCAAUAAGGUUUUUAUUCUAUUUGUUACUAUUUUAGGAAUUUUUAAAGCUAAGGAUAAAUGUCACACUACCUUCAAAGUUAACAUGCUGACACUGAAUGCAUUCAGAAUCACAAACAAUCUUUCAUUUUCCAUUGUUCACUUGUCAGGAAUAAAGACUGGGCGAUGUGUAAAAGCAGACAGAGGUGAUAAACCUCAUUUGAAAGUGUGUGAGAUCUAUGCCUGGUGUCCUGUGGAAAUAGAUGAAUUACCUAUGCAACACUUCAACCUCAGGUUAGCUACUGUGGCAGUUAUAUGAUUGACACAUUUUUGUAUAACAGUUAAACACAGUGAACUAUCUUCUUCAACCUCAGGCAAAUGACUAUGGCAGUCAUAUCAUUGACACAUUUUUAAAUAUCAAUCAAGUACAGUGAACUCUUUCUGAAUGGAACUAAGAGUCUAAACUUGAAGAUGUCUAUCAUAAGAAAACUUACGCAGUAAGAAAAUGACUUAAGGAUGCAGAUGGCUCAGAUCAUCUCCAAGACAGUUUCAUUGGGGUAACUUCAAUUUGGUGUUGAAAGCAAUUCGUGAGUGAGGUGGUUUUUGCUCAGCUCUUUGACCCCCAAGAGUGAGUAGCAUCUAGUUUCUCCCUAGGUAAAAUAUCACCACUGAAUCACACAUUAAUGUCAAGAGGAUAAAGGAAAGGAUUAACAACUAAUUGGAUAAAGGGCUUAUUCUGUAUGGGAGCCAGAGGGCUAAAGUUUAGCCCCCAGAACCCUGAAACAAAAGAUCUGAGUUGGGGGCAUUGAAAUACUUCAGCUUUUAAGCAAUUUUUGUCUUUUCUGUUUACUGAUUGUAAUUCUGCAUGUUUUUCUCAUUAUAGCCCAGGAGUUCCACUUUUGGAAACCGAGAACUUCACGGUUUUGAUAAAAAAUAGUGUUCAGUUUCCAAAGUUUAAGCAGUCAGGGUAAGUGCAGUUGGCUAUAGGCAAGAUUGUCUCAUAAGCAGCUCAACCAUGUGCCCCAUUUUAUUUUUAUUCAUGCCAUAUGUCCCUAUAAACACCUCUGAAUGGAUGAAUCCAGUAGCAGGUGUAUAUUCUGGUCUUGUUCUUUUUCACUUAACAGACGAAACAUUCCAUCUGAUCGUGAUCCAUCAUAUCUGAAGAAGUGCACCUAUGACCCUGAUAAAGAUCCCCACUGCCCCAUCAUCAAACUAGGAACCAUUGUCAAAGAGGCUGGAGAAGACUACAAGACUCUAGCUUAUAAGGUAAAUUUUUUCAGGAUUGUCAUCAUCAUCAUUGCUUUUCAUACUGAUAGGCUAAAUAAGUUGCUCUAACCCCCUUUCCCAGGCCUUCCUGUCUUUUACUGCUUUUUAUCCAUGUCACCCUACAUAUCUCCUCUCUGCAUAUAUAUAUCCUCUAUAUUGAGUUUGUUUUCAGUCUCCCUACUGCAAGACAAAAAAAUCUCCACAAUAGAUAUUAAUUUUAGACACUGUUGCCAGAUUUUAGACACAAUUGUCUGAAUUUAGACACAAGUGUUCAGUUUUAGACUCCUUUGUCUAAUUUUAGGUACAAUUGUCUGGUAUUGAACACUAAUAUCAGAUUUUGGAUGUCAGUGUCAGAUUUUGGACACUAACAUGUAGUAUCUAAUGUUAAACCAAAGUGGCAGAUUUUAAACAGUACUGUCACAUUUUAGACACUAUUGUUGAAUUUUAGACACUAGUGUCCAAUUUUAGACACAAGCAUCUGAUGUUAGACACCAGUGUCCGAAUUUAGGCAUAAGUGUUUGAUUUAAGACUCUAGUUUCUGAUUUCAGAAUCUGGUGUCAAAUUUUAGACUCCAGUUUCCAACUUCAGACGUUGUUGUCCAAUUUCGGAUGCAAGUGUCCAAUUUUAGACACAAGUGUUCAAUUUUAGACUUUGGUGUCUAAUUUUAGAUACUGAUGUUUGAUUUUAGACACUUGUGUCUGAUUUUAGACACAAGUGUCCAAUGUUAGACACAAGUGUCCGAUUUUAGACACUAGUGUCUGAUUUUAGGUACUAGUGCUUGAUUUUAGACAAUAGUGUCUAAUUUUAUUAUGGUGUCCAAUUUUAGACACUCGUGUCCAUGUUUUGACACAAAUUAGGGCAGUUAAAAUUUUACUGACAUGUUCAACUCUGUCUCUGUCUUCAGGGAGGUGUUAUGGGCAUUAUUAUCAACUGGGACUGUGACUUUGAUCCUUUAACUUAUUCUUGUGAGCCAAAAUAUUCCUUUAGAAGGUAAAGAAGACACUGUUUUAGAUAAUGUUUUAUAAUGUUUUUUAACAGAUAAUGUUUCUCUGAUAGUCAGGGGUUUUGCAUAUGCCCAUGCAGUUUUGUUUGAAUUCUUGCAAUUUUGAACAUGAACCUGCGACAUUGUGUGGUGUUUGGAGUGGCAGUUCAUCAUCCAGGCAGUUUUCCCAACCCCUUCCCUCCCUCUUUCCAUUGUUUAUUCAGGAUUACCAAUGAUCCAAUGGGAGCCAUCUAGGAAUUCUCCAAACAAACAUUUGAUGAGAAAAAUUCAGUUUCAUUUUAUCACCAUGAAUGUGACAGUAAGGAGUUCUUCAAAACCUGGUAGUUAAUCUAUACAAUAUCAUGCAGACAAGUAAUGAGAAUAAAGAAAAAUAUCAAUCAUGAUUGGAUCCAAUCUCUCUAACAUGAUGAGAAUUAUUUGGCAGACAGUUUUUUAAAGGUUAAACAUCAUUAUUCCAUCAUUUUCAUUUUAUCUUUUCCUAGACUAGAUGAUGUAGAGGCACCAAUUGCACCAGGAUAUAACUUCAGGUAAUUGUCAAUAAGAUGUUUUUAGUCCACUGUCUCUCCUGAGAUUAUGAGUUGUAAUAAUUUGUAGUGAACAGCAGGUUCAUCUGGCAAAAACAUUUAGAACAGGGUUACCUUCUAAUCCCUUAUUGAAAUUUGGUAGGCAUGGCAACUUCUCUUUUAUCAUUACUGUCACAUUUCCUUGAGAGGGGGUCACAAACAAUUGAGGCUCUCUUGGACCCCCUAUCCCUUACGUAAACUCCCUCAUUGUUAAAUUUUUAGUAAAAAAGACAAGAGCUAUUGGACACUUCUUAUAGAAUGAACAAUGUGCUGUAGAUUUAGUGGUAUCAGGUGAAAGAUUGUCUCCUAAAUGACACAUUGAUUAUUCUUUUCAAACCAGGUUUGCCAGAUAUUAUGAAAAAGAUGGAAAACUACACAGAACACUGUUCAAAGCUUAUGGUAUCCGCUAUGUAGUAUUGGUCUAUGGUCAGGUAAGUUACCACAUGUAUGCGAUAGAUAUACCAACCCCUUUUUGUUUUGCAUCUGGCAACAAUAUACUGAUUUCCCUAGACUUAAAAGUAACUGCAUGCUUUAGUUGUGACUUCUGAUUAUUCAAUGAUUGUGAAAUAAUUGCAUUUGUAAUAACUAGUGCUUUUUCUUGUGCCUGAUUUGAGUAAAUACUAAGAAAAUCAAAAUAACUUUUGUUUCUUCUAGGGUGGUCGGUUCAGUGUUGUCCCUUUGUUUCUGAAUUUGGGUUCUGGUCUUGCCCUUCUGGGAAUUGUAAGUUAACAAGCUUGAGUAAUUCUGCAGUUUUUAGAAGCUGAAAUGCUUUUCUUUUUUUUUUUUUUCCAUUUCCAUUGACUUAAAAUAGCGACACAGUGUCAAGGAAGGAGUAGUUAUGAAUGAGAUCUGUAUGAUAGACACAGAUCUCUUCAUGGAAUCUCUGUGGAUUUUCUUUGUAGUAAUUCAUAUGAUUUAUAUGCAACUGGGUUUUCUUACACUCCAUAACUGACCUAAUUAUGGAGGUUGAUUGAUGAGGACAGUUCAUUAUGUGUAUUAUUCGGAGAAUGAAUCUCACAUGAAUUGUUUGCCAAUAUCUUGUUAUGGCUUAUGGCGACUGUAUCCUGUGAUAACCCAUUUUACCUAUUAGAAUUGCUGUUGCUUUCUUACAGGCGACAGUGUUGUGUGAUAUUGUUGUUCUCUACUUUAUGAAACGAAAGACAUACUACAGGUCGAAAAAAUACCAAGUUGUGAAUGAUCCAGAUGAUGAUGAUGAGGUAAAUAAGAAAAUCUCUCUUAUCAACCUACCUUAUGCGCCUACUCUGUGUUUAGAAGUGUUGCCAAUACAAGUAUGCGCCGCUAAGUAUCAGUAAGUUCGUAUACUUAAAUUGCCUAGAGUGGUUUUCUAUCAGAUUGCUUCAGUUUAACUAAUCAUAGUAUAGCACAACCCAUCAUAGCAAGGUUUACGUUGUUGACACUGUGUUUAGCUUUGUAAGAUUGUUUUGCUUUCUAUCAAAGAUUGUGGAUUAUGGUUAAUGUAUUUCACCUGGUCUUCUUUGCAGAGAGGACAUUUGCUUUAUACUGACGAAAAGAAAUAGCGAGAGGAGGGUGUGUUAGGAUAUUCUAAUUAUAGACUUCAUUUCAUAUUUUACACGAGGCAGCUUUAGCCUAUCUCUAGAUCCAACUUCAGUCAAAAAGCCUCGUUCAAUGAAAUGGAUCAAUCUAGUUCUCCUAUCUUGGAGGGGGGGGGGGUCCAAACUUUGAAAUUUAGACUUUUUAUAGCGACUCUAUUAGUAUCAAAAAGAAACUUAAGAGAAUGUGAAUGGUAUUAUCACAUGUAUCAUCAUGAAGGCCCUUAGUUGUCCUAGAGUAUUUAUUAAACAAGAAGUAAAAUUUCUUCCCUCCAUUGAAGGCUCAUCAAAUUUGGCGAGAGGUAUUUGAAAUUUAAGUUUGUCCGAAGCAUGUUUUUUUCAAGAAAAAAAAAAACAAAGAAAUCAAAGGGAAGGAAGUAAACUAAUUAUAGUAUAGAUUUUGUAAUGAUUAAAUCAAUACAGA